AUGGAUCUACUCCCCCAGGUUGAUGCUACACAACAACUAGCGCCAAAGAUGAAAGGUGUUCCACGUCGUCAAAUACCCCCAGGGUUUUUUGACGAUGCACGACGUGCUGAUUUGUCUACUUCUUAUAUUCAAUCACAUGGUCAACAUAACAGCCGCACCCUCAGUCGCUUUCCCUCAUUCUGGCGCCGCCCCUCCAAUCGACACGGAGCGACUGAACGUGACACGCAAUCCUUGUCCAGCCCUUUCAGCUGGACCUGGAACCUAGUCUCUGACAUGAUGCGAAGACGAGAUGGAUCGAACGUCGAGCUGCGAGAACCGCCAAUAGUUGAGGUCCCAUGCACAGCAGGCAAGCCUAGGGACUAUCACGCGAGAAAGAGGCCAGCUGCCAGCUCUUCUCGACCUUCCAAUACCAAUACCACCCAGCAACACCCAGCAACACGCACUGCUACUGCCUCGACACUUCCCGCCGUCGCUGGUGCCGCGGGCACAACGGGAACAAUAUCCAAUCCUCAUAUCACCAUUACUGGAUGGCCCGCUCGUCUCAUGGCCUGGGUUUGCUGCAUCCCUAUUCAGAACACAGACUAG